AUGAAGGUCACUUCGCCGGAGUCUCCGAAGCACCAACCAAACGAUCGCAUCUUGGUUGCAUUGUCGGAGAUUCUAUCUCUAUUAACAAAACAAGCCGGCCGAUUAAAAGGAAAGGCGAAAGCAGCGAUGAUUAGAGACGGCGAAUGGAGGAUCGAUCUCAAGGCACCGAAAUCGGUGUUGAAAUUCGGGAAGAAGACAACGAAGAAGAAACAGCAGGAGGAGGAAGAAUGCUACGGAAUUUGGCAGAAGGAGAUAUUGAUGGGAAUAAAGUGUGAGCCGUUGGAUUACUCCGGCGUUAUUUAUUACGAUAUUAAUGGUAAACGGACGACGGAGUUUGUUCUCCGGUCAACAUGCGCUAGUCCUACGCCGAAUUAUCUCAUGCACCGGUGA